ACAUUUCUUAUUCCUUUACACGAGUUUUACAAUCCCAGCCAAAGACUCUUCUACAUCGUAAUUGCCACCAAGAAAUCGUUGACAGGAGAAAAGAACACAACCAAUAAUCGUUGUUGCCAUCAAGAUUCCAAAGCCCAUUCGAUCGGUUUCUAUGAACUGGAGAAAGGCCAUUCAUUUUCUUCAUCAGGAGCUGUGAACCUCAUCUCAAGCUCUUUUGGACUACUAAAUCAGUUUGUUGAGAGAUCAUGGAUUCAACUGCCAGUUGUUUCCGGGACACAUCUGUUGUUGUGGUCACGCUGGAAUCCGGUGAAGUGUAUAUUGUGGUCAGCUUAUCCUUUAGGAGUAGCACUCAGGUGAUUUAUGUUGACCCAACAACUGGGGCUCUUUGUUAUAAUGGGAAACUGGGUUCUGAUGUUUUUAGCUCCCAAAAUGAAGCUUUAGAAUACGUUACAAAUGGAUCAAAGUGGCUUUGCAAGAGUAUAAUCUAUGCCAGGGCAAUAUUGGGUUAUGCGGCCCUGGGGAGUUUUGGUGUGCUUCUUGUUGCAACAAAGGUGACUCCCAGCAUUCCAACUUUGCCUGGUGGAGGGUGUGUAUAUACUGUGUCUGAAAGCCAAUGGAUCAAAAUUUCACUUCAAAACCCUCAACCCCAGGGAAAAGGGGAAAUAAAGAAUGUUCAAGAACUGACGGAGCUUGAUAUUGAUGGCAAGCACUACUUUUGUGAAACAAGGGACAUUACUCGGCCUUUUCCAAGCCGCAUGCCUUUGCAUCAGCCUGAUCAGGAAUUUGUUUGGAAUGGAUGGUUUUCUAAGUCUUUUGAAAACAUUGGUCUGCCACAGCAUUGUGUCAUUCUUCUGCAGGGGUUUGCAGAAUGUAGAAGCUUUGGAAGCUUGGGUCAGCAAGAAGGGAUAGUUGCUCUUACUGCUCGUAGGAGCAGACUGCAUCCUGGUACUCGUUACUUGGCAAGGGGCUUGAAUUCGUGUUUCAGCACAGGCAAUGAAGUGGAGUGUGAGCAACUCGUAUGGGUUCCAAAAAAGGCUGGCCAAAGUGUUCCUUUCAACACAUACAUUUGGCGGCGGGGGACCAUACCGAUAUGGUGGGGGGCAGAAUUAAAGAUGACUGCAGCAGAAGCAGAAAUAUAUGUUUCAGAUGAUCCUUACAAAGGCAGUGCACAGUAUUAUAAGAGGUUGGGUGAGAGAUAUGAUGCACGGAACCUUGAUGUAGCUGUUGGGGGCAACCAGAAGAAAGCUGUGGUUCCAAUUGUGUGCAUCAACUUGCUUAGAAAUGGAGAAGGAAAAUCAGAAUCCAUUCUAGUUCAGCAUUUUGUGGAAUCCAUGAAUUUUAUCAAAUCAACUGGAAAACUUCCCUAUACUCGAGUUCUUUUGUUUAACUAUGAUUGGCAUACCAGUAUAAAAUUAAAAGGUGAGCAGCAAACAAUUGAAGGAUUGUGGAAAAUACUGAAAGGACCUACAGUGUCUAUAGGAUUUUGCGAGGGGGAUUAUUUGCCUUCUCGUCAGCGUGUUAAGGACUGCACAGGUGAAAUCAUCUUUAAUGAUGAUCUUGAAGGUGCAUUCUGCUUGAGAUCACAUCAAAAUGGAGUUAUACGUUACAACUGUGCUGAUUCUUUAGAUAGAACCAAUGCUGCUAGUUAUUUUGGAUCGCUUCAAGUAUUCAUAGAGCAAUGUAGACGCCUAAUGAUCUCGCUAGAUAGUGAUCUCGCAUUUGGUUAUCAGUCUGCUAAUAAUUAUGGUGGAUAUACUGCUCCACUGCCACCUGGCUGGGAGAAGCGGUCUGAUGCAGUAACCGGGAAGACAUAUUUUAUUGAUCACAACACUCGAACCACAACAUGGAAUCAUCCAUGUCCAGAUAAACCAUGGAAGAGGUUUGAUAUGACAUUUGAGGAUUUUAAGAGAUCAACAAUUUUGUCACCAGUAUCUCAACUGGCUGAUCUUUUCCUGCUUGCUGGUGAUAUUCAUGCGACAUUGUAUACUGGUUCUAAAGCUAUGCACAGCCAAAUUCUAAGCAUCUUCAAUGAGGAAGCCGGAAAAUUUAAGCAGUUUUCUGUCGCUCAAAAUAUGAAAAUCACUUUGCAGAGGAGAUAUAAAAAUGCAGUUGUAGAUAGUUCUCGUCAGAAGCAGUUAGAGAUGUUUCUGGGAUUGAGGCUCUUCAGGCAUCUUCCAUCAGUUCCACUUCAACCUUUACAUGUACCAUCUCGGGCAUCUUGCUUACUUAAGCCAGUUCCGAACAUGUUUCCAAGUUCUGAUGGUGGAGCCAGUCUUCUUAGUUUCAAGCGAAAAGACCUUAUCUGGGUGUGUCCACAGUCCACAGAUGUCGUUGAACUCUUUAUCUAUCUUGGAGAGCCUUGCCAUGUCUGUCAGCUUCUUCUUACAAUUGCUCAUGGUGCUGAUGAUUCAACUUUUCCAUCAACAGUUGAUGUGCGGACCGGACGUUAUUUGGAUGGGCUUAAACUUGUUGUUGAGGGUGCUUCUAUACCUCAAUGCGCAAAUGGCACAAACAUGUUGAUACAUUUACCGGGACCAAUUAGUGCAGAGGAUAUGGCUGUCACUGGAGCAGGUGCACGCCUCCAUUCUCAGGACACCUCCAUUCUUGCUUUAUUAUAUGACUAUGAAGAAUUGGAGGGAGAGUUGGACUUUCUUACUCGAGUUGUUGCACUUACCUUCUAUCCUGUCGUGUCUGGAACAACCCCGUUAACAUUGGGUGAGGUAGAGGUUCUUGGAGUUUCUCUUCCUUGGAAAGGCAUAUUUAGUCGUGAAGGCCCAGCAUCAAGGUUGUUUGAGCUUAUGGACAAUUGUCAGACAGAACCCAAUCCUAGUAUGCCUAAUUUGGGCGUUAAUCCGUUUGGUGAUGCUGCUUUAUCUAAUGAUGAAAAACUUGCAGCACCGGUGCAACAAAAAACAUCUGCCAACUGGUUAGAUCUUUUGACAGGAGACAACAUGCUGUCAGAAUCCAUUUCUCAACCAGUAACAGAGGAUUCUGUACAUGAGGGAGGUGGCUUUCUUGACUUCGACAAAGCUGUAGUUGAACAUGCAAAUGGGGAGACCAAUUUUAAAGUAGCUUCACAAGAUAAUAUAACUUCAGAUAGUGGUGUUCAGCAGUAUAUAAAUUGUUUCAAGUUCCUUGCAGGCCCAGAUAUGGAAAGGAAACUAGGAUUCAUGGAAGCCAUGAAACUUGAAAUUGAAAGGCUUCGCCUAAAUCUUUCAGCCGCUGAGAGGGAUAGAGCUUUACUUUCGGUUGGCAUUGAUCAUGCUACUAUAAAUCCAAAUGUACUGCUUGAUGAAUCUUACACAGGGAGAUUAUGCAGGGUUGCAAACACUCUGGCCUUGCUUGGGCAGGCUUCAGUUGAAGACAAAAUUACUGCUGCAAUUGGUCUGGAGUCUACUGAUGGGAGUGCUAUAGAUUUUUGGAAUAUUCCUGGGAUUGGGGAUAGUUGUUCUGGUGGCAUGUGUCAGGUUCAUGCUGAAACUAGGGCAGCUGGAUAUGCAUCCUCUACCUUGUCGCCUUCAGCAGCUUCACAAUCCAUCUUUUUGUGUUCUCAAUGUGGGAGGAAGGUUUGCAACAUUUGUGCUUCUGGGAGAGGAUCUCUUCUGCUAGCAAGCUACAACUCGAGGGAGGCAUCAAAUUAUAAUGGUGUAUUGAGCCAGGGUGGAUCAAGCCAUGGCAGCCCCGCAGAUCUACCUUCAAAUCGUUCAAUGACCCUGGACGGGGUUAUUUGUAAGCAAUGCUGCAAUGAAACUGUGCUUGAUGCAUUAACCUUGGACUAUGUAAGGGUUCUAGUGAGUCUGCGAAGAAGUGCACGUGCAGACAAUGCUGUACAGAAAGCUUUGGGCCAUGUCAUUGGCUUUCCUUCUAAAAGAAAUUGGUCUUCUGGUAGGAAGGAAAGUGUUGAAGUCUCAAGACAACUACUUAAUGGAGAUGAAUCACUUGCAGAAUUUCCAUUCGCCAGCUUUUUGCACUCAGUUGAAACGGCACCAGGUUCAGCACCAUUCUUGUCAUUGCUUGCACCACUUGAUUUUGGAUCGCAACAUUCCUACUGGAAAGCUCCUCAUAAUACCUCCUCUGUUGAAUUUGUUGUUGUUCUUGGUGAUCUUUCUGAUGUAUCAGGGGUGGUCCUACUUGUUAGUCCCUGUGGCUAUUCAAUGUCUGAUGCUCCUAGCGUGCAAAUUUGGGCCAGCAAUAAGAUACACAAGGAAGAAAGAUCGUGCAUGGGAAAAUGGGAAGUUCGAUCCCUAAUCACCUCUUCCUCAGAACUGUGUGGACCAGCAAAUUCGAGUACAGGAGAUGAAGUUCCUAGGAAUGUUAAAUUUGCCUUCCGAAAUCCUGUUCGAUGCCGGAUCAUUUGGAUAACUCUACGUCUUCAAAGAGUUGGUUCAAGUUCCGUAAAUUUGGGGAACGACUUUAAUCUUUUGUCCCUUGAUGAAAACCCUUUUUCUCAACUUGAUCGACGUGCCUCUUUUGGAGGGAUGAUUGAAAGUGAGCCAUGUCUUCAUGCAAAAAGAAUUCUAGUAGUUGGAAGCCCAGUGAGAAAAGAUACUGGGCUUACAUCACCUCAGGGCUCUGAUCAGAUAAAUAUACGAAGCUGGUUGGAAAAAGGUCCACAGUUGAAUAGAUUCAAGGUUCCAAUAGAGGCUGAGAGGUUAAUCGGCAAUGAUCUCGUUUUGGAACAGUAUCUACUACCAGCUUCACCUCAGCUGGCGGGAUUCCGUCUUGAUGGCUUCAGUGCAAUACGGCCUCGAGUUACCCACUCGCCUUCUUCAGAUGUAAAUAUAUGUGAUACGUCGUCAACAUUUUUAGAAGAUAGACAUAUAUCUCCAGCUGUACUGCAUAUCCAAGUAUCUGUUUUCCAGGAGCCUCAUAAUAUGGUAACUGUUGCUGAAUAUCGUUUGCCAGAGGUUAAACCUGGGACAGCUAUGUAUUUUGAUUUUCCUAGACGAAUACAAACCCGCCGAAUCACAUUCAGACUUCUUGGAGACGUCUCUGCAUUCACAGAUGACCCGGCAGAACAGGAAGAUUCCGAUUCCAGGGCACUACCCUUGGCUGCUGGUUUGUCUUUAUCAAAUAGAGUCAAGUUGUAUUAUUAUGGUGAUCCUUACGAACUCGGAAAAUGGGCCAGCCUUUCUGCUGUUUGAUUGUAUUGUUUGCACGAAGAAAGGAGGGUUGUAGUAUUUUGUCAUAUUCCAAUUCUUUUUUGUAAUGGUAGAUGCCUGUAAUUGUGUUAAUAUCAUUCAAGUGGAAUAAUAGUGGUGCUGGAGAAAAACCAAUAUAGGGUUUCUGUUUUUCCAAAAGAAAAGAUAUACUGUAUGAGCAUUUGGUAGGACGCAAUUGUAAUUGAAACCAGAUUCCUUGGUGGCUUGUCUUUGGUUUUGUAAGUACACUGUUUGCUAGUUAUGUCUUGGGCAGCUCUUCGGCUUUUUCUUC